AUGACAAACCCUUUGGCUAUAUCUUUACCUAAAGGUCACAGCUCCAGUGACGCCGGUAAGCCCUCACGAACUCGCGGCUUGCUUCGGUCCGCCAAGCGCAUACUCUCCCUUUUCCUCCCCCGAAAAAUAUUCGAUCACCAACAAAGGUCAGAAGGUAAAGCGAAGAUGAGCAAUCGGGAAACCAACCAUGAGUUUGUUGUCGUGGGGUCCCAGGCAAGGCGGCCUAGGAACGGCCGUGAGUUCACGGUGAACCGAAACCAUGAUGUACGGCUAUAUCGUCCCGUAAUGGACGACCAGAAUAAUCCCCCAGACAUCCCAACGUACGACAACCCCGAUUCAUACAGAAUUGAGAAUUCCAGCCGGAGAACUCACGGUCGCAACUCCGAUUCCGCUUCGUCAAGUAGUAGGAUAAGCGCAGCAGUGUCUCCUGGACUAUCCACCCUAGCCAGCGCAGGCAUUAGCACCGAUCAGACAACACCAUCAGACCCGCAAACCGAGUUCAGGCUACCUGGUGAUGAUGAAUAUAUCCGAGCGACGUCUCUGGACCGCAUCUCCCAGGUGAACCUCUCCCCGGUUUCAACGAACAGCGAGUAUAGCGAGGAGGUAUUCAUGGUUGGCAGCAACCCUGCAACCAAGGUUUCGGCAUUGAUGGCACUGGAUACACAAGCAUCAGCCAAUUUGAUGGAUAUUGAGUUACAGCAGGAGUUGGAAUUGGAGAUGGAGCCUUGCGAUCAGGAACUCGUCCCAUUGCAGACCAAAACCGGCAAGGACCGAAUCAAGCCGUUUGGCAUCGCGAAGGGCGUCUCAUGGCAUUUUGCCCAACGCGAAAAGACAUUUACCAGUGACUUCCUGGUUGUGGAUAUGAAGAACUAUAAUGCCAUCUUGGGAAGGAAGGAUAUCAAGAAAUUGGAGAUCCUCAAAUCUGGACCUGGCCUUGAACGCCGUACGACGAUCCGGAUGUUCCGCUCGUGA